AACUUUAAGUUAGUUGCACGGGCGUUAUCGUGUAAAUAGACCCGGCGCUUAUUUAAAAAGAAACAUGUGUGGUGUUAAAAAUAACCAAAUUACAAACAUUUUAUCAUAGUUUCUGAGUGAAUUCAAUGUAGAAAAAAUUUUCGAAGACAUUAAUUUGUUGGUUUGUUAUUUGGAAAUUGUUUCUAUCGAAAUUUAAAUUCGUUCGUGAAUUAAUUGGAGGUAUGCAAGAGGAGGAUACCUCGAAAACAGACGAUAUUAGAAACACACGUAAAGGGAAGAACGUUCGAAAAGAUUAAGCUAUCAAAAUGAAUAUCCGUUGUGCAAAACCCGAAGAUUUAAUGAACAUGCAGCAUUGUAAUCUGCUAUGUUUACCAGAAAACUAUCAAAUGAAAUAUUAUUUUUAUCAUGGACUCUCAUGGCCACAAUUGAGUUACGUGGCCGAAGAUGAAAAAGGGAAAAUUGUUGGAUAUGUUCUAGCCAAAAUGGAAGAAGAUGGUGAAGAAAAACAUGGUCAUAUCACAUCAUUAGCGGUAAAACGAUCACAUCGUCGAUUAGGUUUAGCACAAAAAUUAAUGGAUCAAGCUGCCUUUGCAAUGGUAGAAUGUUUUCAAGCUCAAUAUGUUUCAUUACACGUACGUAAAAGUAAUCGAGCUGCGCUUAAUUUAUACACGAAUUCGUUGAAAUUUAAAAUAUUGGAAAUUGAACCGAAAUAUUAUGCAGACGGUGAAGAUGCGUAUUCAAUGAGACGGGAUCUUACUGAGUUCGGUAAAAAAGAUAAUUUGGGUGUUAUAUCACAAACAGAACUUGGCUAUGAAGCAAAAGAUGCUAAUUCAUCAAAAAAAGAGAUUAAAGUAGCAUAAAAUUCAGCUUUUGUGCUUUAAUAUAUUAUGAUAUAACGUAUAUUGUUUUUUUUUUUUUUUAAUUUUAUGUAAUCUUAUAACAAUAAAUUUCAUAAUUUAAGGUC